UCUUUCCAUCUUCUUUUCUUUCCUUCUUUAUUUCUUUGUCUUUCAGUUUAUUUAUUCUAUCCUUCAUUGUUUUAUUAUCAUUUUUUUUCUCUCUUUUUUUUUAUUUUUCAUUUUGCGUUAUUUUUAUCUUCCAUUCUCCGCUUCAGUUUCUUCGUUUACUUAUAAAUCAUUCAUUUCCUUGUUGUUCCCUGAACGAUCGACUCAGCUGUGUUCAAUUUGGGGAGGUUCUGCUAAAAAUUCAAAUGCCUCUACAGGUGAGAUGAUGUCUGAUCACCGUAUUACUCGCCCACGCAAUGCAUCCUACUCAGCAGGGAAAAGUAAGGCAUGUGUGCCACCGAUAUUGGCAAAGUUGUAGAUGUGAAUUUAUAUGAAAAUAUUGCUUCAUAUAUAUGCUGAGUAUAGGAAAACUUAAACUAUAGCCACUCAAUCUAAAAGCAGGGCUUUAAUAAUAUAUCCAAGAUAAAACAAAAAGAUAUGCGACACUUGUUGGUAAUUUUCUGGUGCUGCAUAUUCCAUAUGCUUUGCGCUACUACCGGGGGACGAUAUAUCGACUACGAGGAAUUUCCUUUCAAAAGUUACGAAGAUCCCGCGUUCCCCGAAGGUACGCUCUACCAUGAUCGAAAGAACUUGGAAGGACCUGUUUUAAAUAGAUUCAGCCAAUUUCUAAGGGCGCAACGUGAAAGCAGUUCCACACUGAGUGAUGAGCAGUUCGUGCAAGAAAUGUUUUCAUUUUUUGAUGUCAACAGAAAUCAAAUGAUAUCAAAAAGCGAGUUUCGAGCUGCUCUAGAAUUACUUGGUAUUGUGAGAUGGAACUUUUAACGGUGACUCUAAGAAACGGGCAGGAAAUUUAAAACACAUACGAAUAUAUAUGUAAGUCUAUAUAUAUAUCUAUAUAUAUAUAUAUACAUGUAUAUAUAUGCGUAUAUAUGUAUGUAUAUGUACCUGUAAAUACAUACAUAACAUAUAUACACACACAUAUAUAUAGACGUGUAUAUAUAUAUAUACAUAUAUAUAUACACAUAUACGUAUAUAUAUAUAUAUAUAUAUAUAUAUAUAUAUAUAUAUAUAUAUAUAUAUAUAUAUAUGUAUAUAUAUAUAUAUAUAUAUAUUUACCUACAUAUACCUUAUGAAAUUCUCGGAAGUGGCAAUGUCGAUACACACAGAAGAGAACGGUGCUAAAUGCAUAAACCGAAACUUCUUGAAUGCAGGACUGACGAAUUUUCGAGACAAGUUCUUGAAUGAAUGUGGUACAUUUUAGCAUUCCAAAGAAAAAAAAAUGAAAAAGAAAAAAAGAAAAUUAUAACAAUAAUAAACUGAAAAUUGUAAAGAAUGGUACAGACCUACAAAAUUACUAAUUCGAUUACAAUUGCUGUUACUACUAUUAUUAUCAUUAUGAAUGCUCAUUUUGUUACUAUCAAUACUAAAACUAUCACUUUUACUCUUACUCCACCUCCCCCUCCUUUUCUUCUUCCUACAACAAAGGACAACAAUAAUAAGGAAUGGUUGUAAUGAUAUUAAUCUUUAUUAUAUUUAUUAUAAAUGCUUGAAUCUAAAUUGGUGGGAUAUGAGAAUUACUUCCGUUUUAAGAAGUAAUAAUUUAAUAUCAUUACAUAAAUAUAUUAGUAAUAAAAAUUCAAUUAUAAUCACAAUAACAACUAGGGGAGUAUUUAAUUAAGAAAUAAAGUAAAGAUCAAAUUAAGUAAUUAAAUAAAUAUAAAAUGAAAUACUAAUAACAAUAAUAACAAAUCAACUGCUAAAUAGAUGUGUGAAUCAACGAAUUAUUAUUUAAACAAAUAUUAAUUACUAUUAUAUAAUAUAUCGGAUAAAUAAAUGUUUUAAUGAAGGAAA